UUUAAUUUUUUUUUUUGGUUUGUCGUGACUGUUUUUUGCUAAAAUUUUCUUGAUCAUCGUCGGACCAGAAUUCACACUGCGUAGUUUCCUUUUGACGCCUGCUUUUACGCAAAUUGUCAAACGAGCAAAGCAUUUUCCUUCAUGUCUUGCCAAAAAUUUCCCAGCAUCAGCGUUCAGGCCAAUCGAGUAAACAGCUGCUGCCGCCUUCAUCUAGCGGCCAUGUCAGCACUUUAACAACGACAACAACAACAACAACUAGAAGAAGCAAAGAGCGACCAAAAUAUUAAUCAAAAUCUAUUUCGAAAAAAACAACAACAACAGACCCAAACAUACAAUUAUUGAAAAACCAAACGUAAAUAUUCGAAAAGAAAGACGAAGAAGAAAAAACUUAAUCAACACUUCUUGGCAAGCAAUCAAGAAAUAGGAAAAUCCAUUUCCAUUUUCCGAGACAGCAGCAACGAGAGACCAAAAAAAAAGUUGUGCGUUCCGAUAAAACGUUAAUAAAACCGAGACGAAGACGAGUUUUUUAUAUAUUGCUUAGUUAUACCAACAAUUGCAUGGGUAAAGUUAUGAGAGUGAAUUCGUUACCGCCGCCCGUCCACAAGUGCCACGCCCACGCCACUAGCGCCAAACAACAGCAGGAAGAAAAACAAUUGAAAUUGAAAAGAAUCCAAAUCUAUUUUAUGUUCAACAAUUUGUGUAAAAGAAAAACUUUAACAGAGUAUAAUUCAUUGACACUAAAACUAAAAUCGGAAAGUGAGUAAAAACUAAAACUCAACCUGAUACGAAAAUCGCGUAACUCCCUGUUUUCCAUCAAAGACAAUCAGUUAACAGAGCUGCAUUUGGCUCCAAUCCGCGCAUCGCGUAGUGUCUUGUGAGUACGAACGCAACGAAUUUACAUAAGUCUAUAAAAUUGUAACCAAUCAAACCACAAAAUUAAAAACCUAUUGUAACCUAUCAAAUUUUAUCAAACGAAAAGUAAACAAAAAUCACAAUAUAUAUAUAUAAUACAUACAUAUAUAUUUAAGCUGAUAAAUCGUGAUCACAAAAGAGCUGAAACCAAAGAUCGAAGUAACUGCAAGCUUCCAACUGAUACACCCAGAGCAAUACCAACAACAAUUACAAAAUGGUUGGCGUUACGGCCGACUCAUCACAGGCGGCCCAAUUGUCCUCGGCCAAGAAUCCCAUGAUCAAGUAUAUGCUUAAGACACGUGAGAAUCAUGCCCGCGAACAGGAUAAUGACUAUUCGCAUGUAUUUCGCCGCAAAACGGGCUUUGAGAUGUUUCGCUUAUCGGCCAUUGCCAUGGCCAUAGAGUUUGCCUAUGCGGCUGAGACGAGUUUCGUGUCACCCAUUUUACUGCAAAUUGGCAUCGAUCACAAACACAUGACCAUGGCCUGGGGUCUGUCGCCCUUGAUUGGUUUCUUUGUGUCACCGUUGCUGGGAAGCAUAAGUGAUCGCUGUAAAUUACGCUGGGGUCGACGUCGUCCCAUCAUUUCCAUCCUAUCGUUGGGCAUCUUUCUUGGUCUUAUACUUGUGCCCUAUGGCAAGGAAUUGGGCGCAAUGCUGGGCGAUGAGGGCUAUAAUUAUACCAUGGAAGCUGCAACAGGAUUUGGUACGAAUUUUACCAAUUUCGCAACAGAUGAAAGUGGUGCAGCGGUGGCCGCUCUAAUGGCAGCAACAAGAAUUGAAGAACCAACAACUGGGCCAACGGCUGCCAAUUAUAAAUUUGCUGUGAUUUUAACCAUUUUGGGUAUGGUUUUGUUGGAUUUUGAUGCGGAUACUUGCCAGACACCGGCACGCACUUAUCUCCUGGACAUGUGUGUGCCCGAGGAGCAACCGAAAGCGAUGACCAUGUUUGCUCUAUUCGCCGGUUUCGGUGGCACCAUUGGCUAUGCCAUUGGCGGCAUCGACUGGGAGAAUACACACAUUGGCAGCUUUCUGGGUGGCAAUAUACCCACCGUAUUUGGACUUGUGACCAUUAUCUUUGUGAUAUGCUAUUUAAUAACUAUAACAACAUUUCGUGAGAUUCCCCUUAAUCUAAUCGAACGGGAUGAACUGAUGCGACCAUUGUCGGAGGGAGCGAUUAAAAAGGAAUUGAAAAAGAACAACAAUGCCAUUUACUAUAUACAGGAGACCACCUCCCUGGAACUUCAAAUGGCUGCCGAUGAUGCUAAGCGAGCAGAGGCUCUAAGCUAUCAGAAUGGGAAUACAAAUAGCAACUAUAAGACUGGAAAACUUGAAAACGGCGUCCAAGAUGCCUCAGAGCCAGAAGCCCCCGUUUCGUUGAGUGCCUAUCUGAAGAGUAUUUUCAUUAUGCCCUAUUCAAUGCGUAUGCUGGCCCUGACCAAUCUCUUUUGCUGGAUGGGGCAUGUUACUUAUUGUCUCUAUUUCACCGACUUUGUUGGUGAAGCUGUCUUCCAUGGUGAUCCAACAGCACCACCAAAUUCGAAAGCAGCUGAACUUUAUGAAGCUGGUGUUAGAUUCGGUUGCUGGGGCAUGGCUAUUUAUGCCUUCUCCUGUUCCAUUUACUCACUUUCGGUGACCAAAUUGAUGAAAUGGUUUGGCACAAAGGCGGUGUAUAUAAGUGGAAUGAUCUAUUAUGGUAUUGGCAUGCUAAUCCUUGGUCUCUGGCCAACCAAAUGGGGCGUCUUAGUGUUUAGCACUUCGGCUGGUAUUCUAUAUGGCACAAUAUUUACUGUACCCUUCAUUCUGGUGGCCAACUACCAUGCCAAAAAUUGUUUCCGUGUUCAUAAUGGCGAAACGGUACCGUUGAAGCAGGCUCGUGGUCUGGGCACUGAUGUGGCCAUCAUUAGCAGUGUUGUCUUUAUAGCUCAAUUGAUUGUCUCAUUGAGUGUGGGACCGCUUGUCUCAUGGAUGGAGACAACUUGCGCCGUUUUGUAUGCCUCAACAUUUCUUUCCUUCAUGGCGGCCAUAGCAGCCAUGUUUGUGUUAUAUGUCUAGAGUCUAGACAUUAGACUGCAGUCCCUAGACCUAAAGUCCUUCGACUCCAGACUAUUUAACCCAACAAUGAAAUGCUAACAGUGUGGCUUUCAAAAUGUAUUUUAUUAUUAAUGAUUU